CGGCCAAUGGAACCCGAUGAGGGAAUGGGUCGCGUGGGUCCCGAGGGGGUGAUUCUUGGCGGUGGUGUCUCGACGUCGUGGUCUCCUGCUACAUAGGGAGUAGUAGGUACAUGUACAUAUAGGUAGAAUCGACGGGAAAGCCGCGCGGCACCGGGAGGGGGGGAGUCAGGCACGUCAAAUAACGACGACCAAUGUGGCAGUGCGGACGCCAGCGCGGCACCUAGGAGACCGGAUCGUCGGUGGCUGGAGACGAUCGUGAUUCCUCUCUCGCUUUAUUUGCCUAAAAGAAGGGAUCGAAGGGAGCAAACCAGUGGGCGCGAGGAUGCGAAGGGAGACGGCAUAAGAAGAGUACCCCGGCGGGCGAUGCUAUGCCAACCGAAUAUCGACCACUUUACGUACCUAAAUCCGUCCGAUCUCUCCUGGCGCUGGGCGGGCAACAGGGCUCCAGGGGGGGUGGCCAGGUUAGCGAUCAUCGUAGGUAUAAUCAAGGGCCCCCCUUUCUCCCCUAGGUCUCUCUUUGUCCGUGUCUCUCUCAUUCGACAAGAGAGAGGCUAUGCAGCCGAGAAUGACUUGCUAAACCCGGGGCUCAUGCCUGUCAGCGGCAAAGCGGCACGCCGGGACAGCGGCAAUGGUAGAAAUCGCAUGCAGAGCACAGCAGCCAGUCGACUCAGAACUGUCAGACAUUACAAUACCGAGACGCGCCAGCGCAUCAUCAUCUGCCUCCAGAGAGGACAGGGAAUAGGCCGGGUGGUGAAGGGCGGAUGGUGCUCGCGGUUUUGGGGGAAGAAACGGAUUUCAACUAGUCAUGGCGUUCCCUUUUUUUUUUCGGGCACUUCAAGAUGCUAUCCAUCAGGCACCUUCCUAGGGUUACAGGUGUGGCUGGUGCGCCUGCCGCGUAGAUUCCUACCAUAUAGGUACCUAUAUGAAGAUGUACUCAUGUACUCAUUACAUCAGGUAUGUUAGGGUUAGGUAGACGCCCCCUUGCGGCAGAUUGGCGCAUGGGCUUCAGGCGACCUUGGGCAGUGAAGCUACCUGACCUAAACAAGGACUACGUAA